UCCGCUCUCGGCUAAGGAAUUGUAACCGUUCCGUUAAUUUAUCUGGUUUUAAAUAUUUUUAUGAUAGAUUACUUUCUUCAUAGCUUGUAAAGAUACAAAACAGUGAUCAAGAAUGAGUUGACGGCAGCCUGAAGAAAAUUUUUGAAGUUUAAUUUUAGUUAACUCUCCAUUUCAUAGUUUGAACAUGAGCGAUGAACCAUCAGCAUGAACUUGCGAGAUGAUGGCCAUAUGCGAGAGCAUGCGAGGUGCAAGCAGCAUUCGCGAAAUAUUCGAUGCGUUUUCCGUCACGAGACUUCCAACGAAGCGGUCGUGCUCAUCAAGCCAAGAACCAAUCUUUUGUCGGUGUUGAAACUACGUGUGCUUUGAAGUAUCGAGUGAUAUUGGAAAAACUGGCCAUGUGCAAAGUAUCCCAUACGCGUGUCUAACACAGCCAGAACACAGGAAAAGCAAAACAAUAAAAUCACAUUGCUGAUUGUUGAGUUUAUUUCGCAGUUAAUUGGCCAUCGUAAAGCCGGUCGAUCGAGCGGAGAGUAAAUUGAAUGAAUAAUUAAAAAGUUUCGCGAUCGCUGGCCGGACAACUUCGACAUUCUGCGUCAGGUAAUUACUAAUACCCCGUUCUCGCUCUCGGACGCAUUUCAAGGGGUUUCGCGUUUUUAAUCAUCCGCUACACACGUUGCUAUUUAGAUCACAACACCGAUCGCAGAGAUCUCGCUUACAAAGGGUGGUAUCCGCCUCUUCUACUCUGCCCACGUUUGAGUUCUAUCAGGUCAGGGGGAAAAACACCCUUCCCAACCCUGAAUUGUAAAGGGAGUGUGCGUUUGAUGUCUUAAAAACCUGACCUAAAGUUCCCGCCUGGUUUGUGUGUGUGUGUGGUGCUACGCGGCAACGGUGAUACGCGCGUGAAAACGUGAAGAAACGACACGGGAAAAGUGAGUGUUACAUUUCAAGAAUCUGCCUCCAGCACGCCUUUUGCAGCAUCAGAAAGGCCGGCCUUUCUCAAAAGCGUGACGGUCAAAACAAACAGGCAGCAGGCAAUAGCAAGACGUAAUCUAUCUCGCGCAAAGCUGUGCUACAUUUGUUUACCUUUUGCCCGGGAGUAAGAUUUCGUUCGGCGGCAACACUGUGUUUAAGUGAUGCGGAUUAUUUGAUCGCUUAUCCAAUUGCUUCGGUUUUGGUUUGCGGAAAUCAGUACCGGAGUAGGUCAAAAAGUGUGACUCGGUGGGCUGCAAAAGAAGCAACGCGAAAGCAUUCGCAACUCAAUUUGUCUAGUCAAAAUCGCGGUUCCAGGAUUGCAAGACCAGUGCACAGGACUUCAAGCUUCCCGCGCGUCAAGCUGUAACGUUUAAUUAUUCAAAAUAUUCGCGCAACGAAACGCAAAGCCGGAGCUUCUAAUCCCUAGUGUAAAGUGUAAAGCAAAAGAAAGGUCCCGCGCACGUUUUGUGUUUUUGUUUGUGUGUGUUUUUGAAGAGUGGUAGUAUUGAAAGUGCAAAAGUGUAACAAAAAAAAUAUACAGUGCAAGUGAGGCUUGUUGUGUGAUCUUUUCCCGCCAUCAGUUCAGAAAAGUACGUAAAGCGACGCACGUGGUGGGAAAGUGUGUUUGCGUAGUGUCACUGUCACAAAAGUGAAGCUCAAGGCUUGCUGAGUGCGAGAGUAACCAAAACAGCUUCCUCGUGUUUCGCUAUCGCUUUUUCUAAUUUCACAUUUUGGGACAGAAAAGUCUGCUACAGUUCGUAUCACGUUACCGAACCUUCGUCUCACCAUGAACUACAUCAGCGUGCUAUCGAUACUAACUGGUAAGUGAUACGCAGUUGUUCUGUUUGUUUCGUACCCUUUCGUAUGAGUAAGUAUGAUUAAUUUUAAUACGAGUGUUUUGAUAUAUGACGUUGUUGACAUAAAAUUAUAUUAACAUAAAAUUCAAUACGUUGACCAGCUUUUGCACAAAUUAAUAUUCCCGCUUAUCAUUCGGAAUAUUAAAUUUCCAUCCCUAAACGAAACUAACUACACUUGUAAUGAACUCUUGGUCUUGGUCCCCUAUCUUUCCUCCAAGAUGCUUAACAUGCAAGGAGCAUAAGUCAGCGGAAAACGAUAAGCUUAAAUUGUUCGAACGUAUAAGUCGAACGAACUUUUCCAUCACACAUCCCCAAACCCACACACACACACACACACACACACACACCCGUAUGAUGAUUUUUUUUCUCAUUUUUUCAAAGUGGUAGCAUGAUACUGACACAAAUCGAGGGAAAAUGUGUUGCAUAUUCUGCUGACGUACUGCAAAGCUGCGCGUGCUGAAGCACAUAUUUUAUCCCGGUAUUUAUGUAUUUUUCUAUGCACAGGACAAGAUGAGAUGAGAAAAAUGCAAUUUGAAAUGCAUUAUAUUGUGAGUUUUGCUAGCAUGCGAAGAAGGAAAGGAUACAGCUAAGACGACCUCCUUAAUCCACUCUUGUCCGGAGACGAUGAAAACGACGUUCAUCGUAUGGCUAUGCUUUUGGGUGGAGAAAGUCACGUGCGCCAUAUUUUGCUACUGUGACGACGCCUAAGACAGGACGACGACGAUCAAGGUUCCCGUUUUCAAUGUAUCGGGAUCGGCGGAACCGACCACCAGUUGCAUGUUGAAUGCGAUUCAUCUUUCGCGAACGCAGGAAAUUACGUUUUUAUGAGGAUUGAUAGUGCCGUCCAAAGAACAAAUUUCAAGCUCCGGAACAAAUCUUUCCACCCCCCGCUUCCGGCAGGUUAGGCGGAGUAAGAUUGUCCGUCCCCGGUUGAAUAAAUCACCAAUCAGCAACAGUCUGCGUCGGAAGCAUUAGCAACGGCGGUAAUGUCGUUAUCGAUGACGUUACGUCGCGGAACACUUGUUUCCUGGUGAAUUCCUGGCUAGAAGAUAUUAAGCUAGAAGCCCAAUCUGAUUCUUAAAAUAAUGAAAAAGGGGAAGAAUAACACCUUCCACCGUAUUUCUAUUUCCGUUAGCAUGCUAAUCAGUGAAAUUCGAUUAUUCGACACGAAGCCAAUCAGGGUACAGACCAACCAAAGUUAGAAUAACUCUUAAGAGAAAGAGAGAGAGAGAGAUAAAGGUUUGAUUGGUUGUUUUCAGGCGUAGAAACCGGGUUGCGUAAUAGGGAAAAAGUCCUUUGAGUGAUGAAUUUUUAAUUCCUAAUUGACAAGAUGAUGAAAAAUUCGUUUCCCGGCACACGGAGAAUCAUCGUUUAAUGUUUCGUUUUUAAUCGACCUGCAGAAUAAUAAUAAUUUGCAUUAUUUAAGCAUAUUGUGCAUAUUAUAGAAGCUCCUUCAUAUAAUGGCCCAAAAAGGUAGAACCGAAGGAGAGUAUGCAUUUGAGGGGGAACCAAACAGCCGUAGCCAAACAAGUGGAACAGAAAAUCUAAUGGAAAUCGUCAUGAAUAUAUAACGAGGAAAAUUGACUAAAAUUUUAAGAUCGUACUGUGCGGAUCUCUGCAGGAGCGCAUAACGAAUUAGCUGAAAAAAGAUCAUGCUAUCCUUUCCGCAAUGCAAUCGUUCACCUUUCAUGUCGCCGCGUCACAUGGUCCACAUUCGUUUUAUGUAUUUAUGUGCGAUUUUUGAGCAAGUUUAAGCGAACAGCCUCGAGGGAGAUUUAAUAAAGAUGCUAUGUAGUAUGAACGCACGAGUAUGGCUAGUUCUGUGAGGUCUCCUGCACGACGAAACACGAAGGUCGGAAAUUUACGUUUUGGUGCUAGAUGAUUCGGUCGACCGUGUUCUACGCCCGAUACGGCACACACUUGCCAACCGUGGCUAUCGUUGAGUCCUGCCCAAGCAGCGAUACCGAUAGUAGCGACACAUCUUUCAAAUGAGCUCGUCUCAUAUGUAUAUCCAUUAAAAUGUGGUACACUUUCAAAGUUUAAUGAAGCACAGGGUGUCGUACGGAGGAUGUCAUGCUUUGCUACCAAUGCAUUCUGUUAGAUGUAGGCCACCGGGGAAUUUGGAAGCAUUGUGUGUGUGUGGGUGGGUACCUGUUAAAAGUGUUCAACAGUGAAAAAGGCUUUAGUAUUUUCCUGGUAUCAUCUUAUGAUAGCACAAAAUUUUGAAUAAAGGCACCUUUCGGGCCUGGCGCUCUGUUGCAAAAGAAACCUUCAUUGGACGUAGAUAUAUCACAGGCGUUUGAUUGCAGGUUUACUGCUUAUGAGUGUUUCUAGAAAAUUAGAUGCAGAUGCAAUUACUCGCCCACUAUCUUACUUCUGCUCGCUUCGUGCUGAAGUCUGACGAGUUCGUUUUUCACCGAUGUCUCUAUGACUCUUUCUAUGUUGAAUCAACGUAGCAAAAUCCAGCAACAGAGCUUUGAUUUGUCAGAUUGAUUAAUUUAAUUAGACAUAUCGGGAGGGUGUGUGGAAUGAGGGAAUAAAAAUUCAGUUCGUUAUUGGUUCCUCAUUUGGUUCCCAGGCCAUUGGAAAAUGCUUGAUAAAUCGAACAGAACGAUAGUGUGGUUAAACACAUUGCCUGUGGCAAUCCAACAUCAGCAAAAAAAAAAGCCUGAACGAAUUGCAACCCCAUAGGGUGGAAGAGAGAAACCCACACCUAUCUUAAUCCCCUGUAGGUUGUGUUAGUACAGAAACGAAAGGCUUUCAUGUUAGCUCUAUGAUACAAUUAAUCAUUAUGAGGAAUCAAUUAGCACAAAUAACAAGUAAGUAAGUGUGUAAGAAAACGUUUUCUAAUUGAAAAUAAUUUCCUUCCUAAUCUUUAAAUUUCUAAAAUAAUUGAAAUAAUGGAAGCAACCCUGCAAUGCGUUGUUCUGUAGACAGGUGUAUCAUAAGACGCUUUUGCGUAAUCAAUCGAUGAAGUAAUUUAAAAUUCCAUCAUCCACAUAGAUAAGCGUUGUAUAGUAUACUUUUAGGCUGCAAUAAUGAGCCGAAUGAUGAUCAAGAGACUUUGUGUUUGCAAAGGUGUGUUACUCGAUGAAACAUUUCUUUCAUUGAUCGAAAAAACUUCAUACCGUACAAUAAUCAGGAGGUAACUGAUCAGUGUGCUUUACGGGGAAUUUAAGUUGACAAGAUGAAGUGUAUUAUUGAGUAACAAUCAAUGCAUAAUCCACUGAAUCAGACGCUUCUUUUUCCACAGUGUUCGUUUUGUUUUCGUGUAACAAAAAUAGAAAGACAACAAGAGAAAAACAUUAUAUAGUGCUCCAUUAAGCUUCAGAGACGUAAUUUUAUCGAAUGGCUUGCUCAAGUCAUGGUAAAGAAAAGUACAUAUCCGGUAGACAUGUUUGCAAAAAUAGCAAACAAAAAUAGCUUGUUUUUGCGAGUGAACACAAUAUGCACUAUUAUGUUGAGUAGACACUGUCUGGGAAGGCGCGGUUCGAUUUUGACGCAUAUAAAAAGAGAGAUGUGUCUCAAAUGUCCCAAUUCCUUUGCAGCAGUGGUGUGAAUCGUGAUGAAGCAAACAUUCGCCACAAUUGUGGCACUUUUGGCCCUAACCGGCCACGUGUGUACCGGAAUUGGAAUUGGUGGUAUCGCAGUCGGUCCAGUCACUGUACCACCGGUACAGGUAUCUGUUGCUCCGGUCACUGUUCCGGCGGUAACCGUUGGGCCUAUCGCCGUGUCUGUCGCGCCUGUUACUGUUCCUCCGGUCACGGUUCCUCCUAUCGCUGUUACCCUUCCGGUAACACUCCCAGUAACAAUCCCAGCGGUAACAGUACCUCCAAUAACGCUACCGGUAACAAUCCCAGCGGUAACAGUACCUCCAAUAACGCUCCCGGUAACAAUUCCAUCACUGGCUGUUACGAUACCAACUUUGGGAAUUACAGUUCCCACAUUAGGCGUUACAGUUCCAACACUCGGUGUAACAGUGCCAUCUGCAAUACCUAUAUUAGCCACAGUAGGCGGGCUUUUGACCACAACAACAACUGCUGCCCCAACAACGACCACGAAGGCAAAUGGCAGCACCGUAACCUUCAAUAUCGGUGGUAGUAUUCUAACGGUUGCGGCUUCCGAUAUAGCAACAAUUGCGUCCAUAAUUCAAGCUCUUCAAGCCACUGCAACUACGACUACGGUUGCUGCAGCAACUACGACAACUGCUGGCACGACUACAACCGCAGCAGCUACAACUACUACCGCAGCAGCAACAACAACGACGGCUGCAGCAGCAGCAGCAGCAACGACAACAACGGCAGCAGCAGCAACAACAACCACCGCGUCUGCUGCAGCAGCAACAACAACCACCGCGUCUGCAACUUCCAUUUCGAUAUCCAUCACGAUUAAUUAUAAUGGCUCGUCCGUAAUUAUCAUAUCCAACAAUAGCUCACUACUGACAUUGCUUACGCAGUUGAUGAAUCAACUAUCCUCGUCCACGACAACUACAGCGACAAGUACAACUGCUGCUCCAUCGACGACGAGCGCAGCUACAUCGACGACUACCGUCCGCCCGGUAGUUGUCGGUGGUUGUCAUAGACAUGAUCAUAGCCACGAGGGCUUCGGUUUUGGAUUUGGUGGAAGAAUCGGUAUUGGUGGACCAGGCGGUAUCCUAGGUGUUGGAGGCGGAAUUCGCAUCGGUAGACCACCGAUAGCUCCACUUGCACCAAUAGUCCCAUCGGCUCCGAUACUUCCAUUUGCUCCGGUUGUUAAUCCUAUUGGACUCGUUGCCAGACCAGUGCUGACUGCUGCCGGGCGAAUUGUGAAUGGAAUAGGACAAGGCAUUAGCAAUAUAGCAGGAGGAAUUGCAAAUGCUGCUGGUGGCUUACGAGCAGGUGCGGGACUUUCUGCAGGGGUUGGAUUGGGCGGUGGAAUUGGCAUAGGUGGAGGCAUUGGUAUAGGCGCCAGAGCUAAUAUAGCGUUGAUGGGCUGAGCAAUCGUAAUGAAACACAAAUCUGCAAUAAACAGUAAAUCGUGAAUUCGAAUCUUUAUGCAUUGGCAAUCCGAGAGUCACUAAAAGAAAAAUCGUCUAUCCGA